CUUCCCCAAGGUUAGCAGCGCGGCCUCCGACUGCUCCGCCGCAGUCCGCCCCGCCGCCGCCGCCCCGUUUUCCCCUUCCUUCUCAACACCCUUCAGUAUCCAUGUCGCAGUCGGAAUACAAGUUAGGACGGGUCGAGUUCGAUGGCGAACCUAAGCUCAUUGUGCACCAUAGAUCCGCAGAAUCCAGUGCGUUAGUAGCCAUUGCUAACUGCACCUUCCUAGGGUCGAAGGGUACAGAUCGCGGGGAUCCACCUCCAUAUGUGGAAGAGCAGAUUCUUACAAAGGGCAUGGUGGGUUCACUUGUGGCGAAUAUCAAACAAGUUGUGGACUCUGGUCGUCCCGCGAUGAAAGAGAAGGAGGAGCCCCUUAUUAGCAUAUUGGAAUCACUGGCAGCUGGUCUCCAUGUUGAUCCAGUAAACAAAAGCUGCAACACUUUCAGCCUAGCUGACGAGAUCUUAUUAUUUAAACUUCUCAAAAUUCCUUUGGUGCAUGGUUGGUUGUCGGACCCUGAGGACAUAUUGCUAUAUAAUGAUAUUAAGGAAAAGUCUUAUGAUAAGCUGGUCAACCUACUUCCUAAACUGCAAUCAGUAGCAGAUGAGGCGCUUAAUGCAUCCGAAGCCAGCAGAGCGGCUGCUCAACCCGUGGUAGCACGAUACGCAAGGAUUAAGGAUUUCUUGGAUGCCUCAAAAACCCACUUAACAACUUAUGGGUUGGCUGUUUUGCACAAAUCAUUAGAAGAAAGAAAACCCGCUGUUUUGUACAUAGAAAAUAAAUUUAGAGUUGUCUACAAGUAUAAUGGAGAUCUAUUCACCUUGGAAACAGACGAGGAUCUUCUGCAGAGUCACCCAGAUGCUAUGUGGAAAAAGUUGACUGUGCUGGAGGAAGAGAGCUUCUACGUAACAAGCCGCUUCAGUCCGACCAAGGAGCAACCGAAUAUGGAAAAACAGGCUAAGGAAUGGCGGGAAAAGAAGCUUUCAGCACUGGACGAACCUGGUGACAAACCAUCCACAAAACCAGCAAGAAAGAAGAAAUCAAGGCUACGAAGAAAUCUGGGAAACAAAAUAGAGGAAAAGGAAGAAGCUCCUAAGUCAGCAACAGCUGAACCUUGUCCUCCUAUUUCUAAUGUGUGUCUUCCUGAAAAAGAAGCUUCUAAAGCUGCAACCGCCGUUGAGAAGGAAGAAGCUCCGAAGUCAGCAACAGUUGAACCUUGUCCUCCUAUUUCUGAUGUGUGCCCUUCUGAAAAAGAAGCUUUUAAAUCUCCGACCAUUGCUGAGAAUUUUCUCAAAUUCCUUACGGAGUUCAGAGACGGUAGCAGCUGCCGCAUGAUCCCUUAUUUUGAGGGUGUAGUAGAAGGCAUGAGGUACACAGGCUCGUUCAAAUUGCAUGUCCCAUAUGCAUUUAUUCAAAAGCAUGAUGGGAAUCUAGCAAUCGACAUCCAAGAUGAGUACCCUAGGAUCUGUAAUGAACUGUUACAAUCUGUUGUUACCUAUUUUUGCAAUCGCGGACUUGACAAGAAGAGUGCUACGGAGCAUGCUGAACUGGAAAUACUGAAUUUGCGAGAGCCAGAGCAACGAGGAAACCAACUAACGUAUGCUGUACAUACCCAGCAGUAGAGAUGACUCCCUGUCCCAUGGGCCCGAGACCCAUCCAAACAACUAUGCGAGUUAGGCCGGGAAGCUGCUGCAUGCAGGAUGAAGGAAGAUUACGAGAAGAACAAGAGCUGCUGGUCGUGUAGCUUUAGCCCUUGUUUACCUUCAAAUCUUUGUGAGGCCUCAUAUCUCAAUCUGAGCGCUUUAUUCAGGAUCUUUUUGAAGAAUCGUACCCUGUUCAAAUAAGGCAACACGACGAGUCCAAUAUUGCAUAUAUUCGGAGUUCCAAAAAUAUUUGACGACGAAGCCCACAUUCAUAUA